AGUAUUCAUCUUAAUUUUUUAUUUUACCAUUAUAUAUAUAUAUAUAUUUUAUUUUUUUUUGGUUUUCGUUUACAAUCAAUCAGCUUCUUAUGCACCCCUCGUACUCAUAUAUCACAAAUCUCAGUCCCAUUUGCUACUCUGUUUUUUCUCUCUCUCUCAUUCCUUAAAAAAAUUCUCCCCUUUUCUUCUGCAAAUACCGAGAUGUGGGAUCGGCGCAAGAUAGCAUGAGCUCCCCAAGUUCCGAUCAUCUCCACCUAUGGCGGCUUCGGGCUCUAUCAGUAAUCAUCCUGUUUCGGGCCCAAUCAUUCGGGCUCAACACUGACGGCAUCCUCUUGCUCUCCUUCAAAUACAGCAUAUUAAAGGACCCAUUCGGAGUCCUUCAAAGCUGGAACGCCUAUGACCAGACGCCGUGCUCCUGGCGUGGGGUCGCCUGUGGCGUCCCGGGCUCCGCAGAUGCAUAUUAUCGUGUCACGGGCCUCUCCCUUCCCGAUUCGGGCCUCUUGGGCCCGAUCCCGUCCACCCUUGGAAUGAUCGAGCACCUCAGGUGCCUGAACCUGUCAAACAAUUCAAUCAACGGCUCUUUACCGGCCUCCCUUUUCCGGGCACCCGAGCUUCAGUCGCUCGAUUUGUCAAACAAUUUGAUCUCCGGCGAGCUGCCGGAGCUCGUCGGGAGAAUGGGGAGCCUCCGGCUGCUGAAUCUGUCGGACAACGCUCUGUACGGUCCCCUGCCUCGGAACUUGUCGGGUCUCCACAAUUUGACGGCGGUUUCCUUGAAGAAUAAUUACUUCUCAGGCCCCAUUCCGGGCGGGUUCGAUUCGGUUCGGGUUAUGGAUCUGUCCUCGAAUUUAAUCAACGGGUCGCUGCCUCCGGAUUUCGGCGGCGGGAACCUGUCGUACCUGAACGUCUCCUUCAACAGGCUCUUCGGCGAGAUUCCGCUGGAGUUUGGUAGGAAAAUCCCGGGAAACGCGACGGUAGAUCUUUCCUUCAACAACCUCACCGGCCCAGUACCGGAGUCCGACGUUUUCAUCAACCAGGACCUGAAAUCGUACUCCGGCAACUCCGAGCUGUGCGGCCGGCCGCUGAAGACGCUCUGCCCCAUCCCAUCCUCCGCCGCCACGCUGCCGAGUGCCGCCGUGCAAGAGUCUCCUCCGGCCAUCGCCGCCAUACCAAAAACCAUCGGCUCAGAACCGGCCGCCGCCUCGCCGGGCGGCGGCAGCCGGAGCCAGUCGAGAGGAGCCGGGCUGAGGCCCGGCACAAUCCUCGGAAUCGUCGCCGGCGACAUCGCCGGCAUCGGGAUCCUCGUGGUGGUGUUCCUCUACGUCUACCAGCUGAAAAGGCGGAGAGCAUCCGCCGCCGCCAUGAAAAAGGAGGCGGAGAGAGCGCGGGAGUUCGACUGGGCCUCCUCUUCCGAAUCGUCCUCGGAGGAGCGGAGCUGGCUCCGGGGAUGGACCUGCCUGAGGAAACACCGGCACGCCGCCGGGGAAGAAAGCUGCCCGUCGGAGUCGGGGAGCUCCGAAACGGAGGACGAGGAGAGCGCGCGUGAGGCGCACGCGCCGGGGCGGGAGCAGAAGGACGGGGCUCUGGUGACGGUGGACGGGGAGAAGGAGCUUGAGCUUGAGACGCUGCUGAAGGCGUCGGCCUACAUACUGGGGGCGUCGGGGACGAGCAUAGUGUACAAGGCGGUGCUUGAGGACGGCACCACGCUGGCGGUGAGGCGCGUGGGGGAGAAUGGGGUGGAGAGGUUCAGGGAUUUUCAGAAUCAGGUUCGAGUAAUCGCAAAGUUGGUACACCCGAAUCUGGUCCGGAUUCGUGGCUUUUACUGGGGCACCGACGAAAAGCUCAUCAUCUAUGAUUUUGUACCCAAUGGCAGUCUUGCUAACGCACGUUACAAAAAAACCGGGUCCUCACCCUGCCACGUGCCAUGGGAAGCCCGGCUCAAGAUAGCAAGAGGCGUGGCCCGCGGGCUCUGCUACAUCCACGAGAAGAAGCAAGUCCACGGCAACCUAAAGCCCAGCAACAUCUUACUGGGCCCAGACAUGGAGCCCAAAAUCGGCGACUUCGGGCUUCAACGCCUAGUCACGGGCGACUACAACACCUCAAGGCCCGGAACCGGCGGGUCGGCCCGAAACUUCGGCAGCAAGCGGUCAACAGCCUCGCGCGACAGCUUUCAGGACCACACUAGCGGGCCCACCCCAAGCCCGAGCCCGAGCGUGGUCGGGCUAUCCCCUUACCACGCGCCAGAGUCCCUCCGCAGCCUAAAGCCCAGCCCGAAGUGGGACGUUUUCUCUUUCGGGGUUGUCCUGCUCGAGCUUCUCACAGGAAAGGUCGUGGCCUCCGACGAGUCGGGCUCUGCACUUGCUGUCGGUGCCAUGUCAGCGUCGUCUGACGAGGAGAGAGGGAGGGUCCUGAGGAUGGCUGACGUGGCGAUCAGGGGUGACGUGGAGGGUAAGGAGGAGGAAUUCCUGGGGCUGUUGAGGUUGGGUUACGGGUGUAUUUCGUCCGUGCCGCAGAAGAGGCCGGCCAUGAGGGAGGUACUCCACGCGCUUGAUAAACAGGAUUUUCAUUCGAUUGAUGGUCUCAUAGGUUUUGUGGGUUUGGGGAUUAGUAACUCUAGUGAUGGUCAAUGCCAAGCUGAGAGAACGGUUGAGACUGUGGAUUAUCGUGUAUCGGCUGGUCAAAGUCAACAACAGUUGGACUCGGUUAAAAUUGUUCAUCAGCCACAUUUGCCGCCAAACUCUUCCAACAGUACUAGCGGCAGCAUCUUGGCCAAUGCCGCUGCCUCUGUAGCCUCCACCCUUAAGUCCGCAAAGGACACAAUCUCAGGAAAAUAGAAUUUCCCACCCUUCAAUUAUAACCAAUUUUCAAUCUUGCCAAAUACUCUUUGUAAUGUAUUUUUUCACCAUUUCCCACCCUUCAAUUAUAAAACUGUGAGCUUUACGCUGUGGGAUGUGAGAGGCAUGACAACAAG